AUGGUGGUUAUGGAUGACAAGUACAAUGGAUGGCGGUACUUGAUUCUGUCUUUUGCGUUAUCCGACAAAAUGGUUAUGGAUGCGGUGUUGGCUGUAUCAACCUUUCAUCUCUCUCACAAGUCCGGAGGGACACUCCCAGUCAGACCGGAUAAGCUUUAUGCAAAGGCAAUCUUAGGCCUACAAAAUAGAAGCUCUUUGGAUGAGUACGACAUGCUCACGAGACAGUCUAUAUUCGUUGCGAUCAUUACCCUGCUGGUAGGGGUCAUGGUCAACGGAUCAUCAGACUUUCCUAUCCUGUUUCACAUGUUGCAAUCUGCUCUCGAUGCGGUCGGGGGAGAGGGCGGGCUUGGGAACGCCCAUGCCCAAGAGAGCUUCGACUGCCUGCACUACAACGGCAACCUCCACCCUGACCAUGCACUCACCUUCUAUCUGAAUGCAUAUCUUCGCCAGCAAGCAUAUGACAUAUACCUAGAGCGCGCAACAAUGGGGCCUCACGGCACAUUAGACCCCAACAAGAUAGAGCAAUUCAAAGAAACACUAGUGAUGUUCCCGGAGGGAUCAUUAGGGGAACAUUCCCUUGUGUGGCCCACGUUCAUUGCCGCAUCAGAGAGCUUGAAGGAUGAGCAUCGGCUAUAUUUCAAACAGUUCUUGGAAAAGCAAUAUCACCGUAAUGGGUUUCUUAAUCUACAGCAAGCUCUCAAACUUCUUGACAAGAUAUGGGCGCGAAGCAGUUAUACAAAUUGGCCCGCACUUCUCCCCGAACCACGGGUGUUUAUUAUGUAG